AUGGCAUCCACAAUUACGAAAGACGUGGUAAUAGAGGCUGCAGAGCCCACCACAUCAAGAAUUCGAAGCAUGGACAUCAUCGAACCUCUUCGCGACCAUGCCGAUGAAGCUCUACAUUUCGUUGAGAAGCACGAAGGCUUCACGUACACACCGGAACAAGACAAAGCAGUUCUCAAGAAGAUUGAUCGCCAUUUGAUGCCCCUGGCAAGAAGCCUCUCUAAUACUACCUCCCAGUUAUUCGUCUCAUAUCUGUUUCAAUACAUGGAUAAGAGCAUCAUGGCCCAGAGCCUAGUUUAUGGUCUCACGGAAGACCUAGGUUUGAAGGGCCAGGAAUAUUCAUGGUGCGGAUCCAUCUUCUUCUUCGGCUACUUGUCCGUUCAACCGUUCACGGGCAUUUCCAUGAAUCGCGUUCCAAUCGGGCGAUUUGUCACCGUCAUAUCUUUUUGCUGGGCAGUGGUUGUGUUCUGCACCGCAGGUGCCACCAAUUUCUCCGGGCUCAUGGCUGCCCGUUUCUUCCUGGGCAUGGUUGAGGGAGGUAUUUCACCUGCAUACGUUCUAGUCACUGGAAUGUGGUAUAAAAAGACUGAAAUCCCCAAACGUGCGACAUUGUGGUUUGCGGCCAACGGCCUCGCCAUCAUCAUCCAAGCGGUCAUUUCGUAUGGUAUCGGCCAUAUCAACCAAACCGAAAUACCGACCUGGAAAUGGUUCUUCAUCAUUUUCGGACUUGCGGGUUUGAUUCUGUCCGCCUUCUUAUACUUCUUCAUGCCUGACAGUCCACUGACUGCCAAGUUUUUGAAUGAGGAGGAGAAGUUGAUUGCGAUUGAACGUUUGAGAGACAAUCGAACAGGUGUUGCCAACCGGGAAUUCAAGAAACACCAGUUGAUAGAGGCCUUGAAAGACCCACUGGUGUACUAUAAUUUCUUCUUGGUCAUCCUGGUGGUUGUACCGAACAGCGGAGUCUCAUUUUUUGGCACACUCAUCAUCAAAAAUUUCGGAUACGACUCAUUCGUGAGCUCCCUCCUUAUGAUGCCAUAUGGAGCAGUCAUGUGUAUUGGCCUUCCCCUUGCCGGCUAUGUCAGUUCGAAAUAUGCGGAUAAACGAUGUAUCAGUCAGUUUGCAUCCGCAUUUCCUGCCAUAAUUGGCUCUGCACUCCUCUUCUAUGUGAAGUCAGACAACAAGGCCGGCCGUCUUGCAGGCUUCUACCUGACGGGCUUCUCGAACGCCGUGUUGCCCCUUCAAUUCGCCUUGAUGAACUCCAACACGGCAGGGCAGACGAAGCGUUCCAUCACAAACGCCAUCAUGUUCUUGGGAUAUGCAACCGGCUUCAUUAUUGGGCCACAAUUCUUUCUGAGUUCCGAGGCUCCUAUAUACCCGACAGGGUUCAAAACUAUGUUGAUCACAUUCACCUUGCUGACUGUGGCCCCAGUAGGCUUGUUUGUCUAUCUGACCUGGCUCAACAAGCAGAAGCAGAAGCACUUGAUUCAGGCCGGAGGCGAACAUGUCUAUGCUCACAAUGAGGAGUUUUUAGACUUGACAGACAAGGAGCAGGUCCACUUCCGUUAUUCAAAAUAG